UUUCAUCGUUAAAAAAAUAACACCCAUCCCCCCUUUCUGCUUCCAUUUCUCAAAGUCCUAAACCCCCCUCUCCCCCCAAAACACACAGAAACACACACACACACACACACACACACACACACACACACACACAGUACCAAAACUGAAAAAUGCAGAGAGCCCUGACUCUCAAACGCUUCCACCACCACCACCACCACCACCACUUCAAACCCCUUACCUCCACCACCACUAUUAUCCCUAAACCCCCUCUUAACCCCACCACCACUUCCACACAACACCCUUUCUCCACCACCACCUCUUCCUCCUCCUCCUCCUCUCAGCUCCCCAAAAUCAAAAACCUCGCCUGCACAGCUGGUCUCCUCUUCAGCGGCGCCAUCAUUUACAACUCCUUCUCUUUCCCCAAACACAACAAACCCCAACAACCCAACUCCUAUGACUAUAACCUCAAGCUCAACUUUAAAGUCUUUAGCCACCUCAUUGAACUCAAACGCGAACGCGAUGAACAAGCUUGGAAAUUUUUGAAGACCCAGAUUCGUGUUUACAGCCGAGAGCUGUAUUCUGCCAAAUUUGGGUUGACAGAGAUACUCAACAGGGACUCCUUGCACCACAUUCCUCCUUGUGGGGUCGCUAUAAGGCAGUGUUUGGAAGCUAUUGAUGAAAUGCAGAAAGCUUUACUAAAACUCGACACUACAAUGGACGUGUGUAUGAGGAGUUCGGUUACCAAGUUCUUUUAUUUGAGGGAAUUCAAGUACUGGGUUGCGAGAAUCGGAAAAUCUAAGAGGGAAGUUUUGAAUCUUUUGGAGUAUCUUCAGAAGCUUGAGCAACAAGAAACCAGGAGGAGUAGGGAAUUCUAAAUAACACAAAGGUGAAGUGGGGUUUUUUUUUUUUAGGACUUCAAGUUCAGUCUUUGCUUUUCGUUUAGUUUUUGUUAAUGCCUUUGGAUGUGCUCUCUUAACUCUGUAAGUUUUUGUUAGAUACAAAUUAGAGUGAGUGACAGAGAGGCUCUGAGAAAGAGUAAUGUUUGGUGAGUUGGAUGGAGGUAGAAAUUGUUACUACAUUUCUAGUUUUGUCAUCAUCUAAUUACAAAAAUCUAAUGACUUCAAAGUGGAUUGAAUGGAUUUGACAUGUUGUUAAAGCACAAUUAAUUUGAAGUCUUUGUUAGUUGGGACUUUGUUUGGGUAGUAUCAUAUUUGGGGUUUCACACAAUGUAUUUCU